GUUCUGAAUCACGCGUAAACCAGGUCGCUAACGCUAAGGAAUGUCUUCUUCCUUGUAAGCAAUCUCAAUUCUCAAUUCUCAAUUCUCAUAACCGAUCAUCAACCUCUUCUUCCUUUCUUCAUUCUACUCUUUCACACUUUCCGAAUUUGAACCCGAAUUCAAACAAAAUCCAUCUUCACUUUCAUCACACACAGAGAGAGAGAGAGAGAGCCAUAGCCAUGGUGCCACCGGCGGUUCAAUCGCCGAACCCCCAAGUCACGCAACAGUUCUUAAACUCCGUCCUCUCCCAGCGCGGUCCAUCGGCGGUUCCCUACUCGGAGGACACAAAGUGGCUGAUCCGCCAGCAACUCGUGGCUCUCACGACCACCUUCUCUUCUCUCCAACCCAAAACGGCGACGUUUACACACAACGACGGUCGCUCCGUUAACCUCCUCCAAGCUGAUGGAACCAUACCCAUGACCUUCCAAGGCGUGACUUACAACAUCCCUGUCGUUAUAUGGCUCAUGGAGUCUUACCCUCGUCACCCACCUUGUGUCUAUGUGAACCCUACCAGAGACAUGAUCAUCAAACGUCCUCAUCCUCAUGUUAACCCUUCUGGUUUAGUCUCUGCCCCUUAUUUGCAAAAUUGGAUCUACCCUAGUUCCAAUUUGGUUGAUCUUGUUAACUCUUUGAGCCAACUCUUUGGCCGUGACCCUCCUCUUUAUUCCCAACGUAGAGCCCCAUCACCCCAUGUUAACCCAAACCCUAACCCUAAUCCAAAUUUUGGAACUUCAUCCUCUAAUUUGGGUUUUUCUUCAUCUGGGUAUCAUCAUAUCCCUCCUCCCAGGACUUACCCUCCUUCCCCUUAUGCUUCUCGGGUCCAGCCUCCUCCUCAGCCUCCUCAUACCGAGGACCCCACUGAGGUUUUUAAGCGCAAUGCGAUUAAUAAGCUUGUGGAGAUGGCGCAUAAUGAUGUUGCUGGUUUGAGGAAGACCAGGGAGGCUGAGAUGGAGGGGUUGUUUAAUUUGCAGGCGGUGUUGAAGCAGAGAGAGGAGCAUCUCAAUAAGGGUUUGAGGGAAAUGCAGGGUGAGAUGGAAGGUCUUGAGCAGCAACUUCAGAUGGUUUUGAUGAAUACUGAUGUUCUGGAGGGGUGGUUGAGAGAUAACCAAGGGAAGAAGUUGGGGAAUUUGGAGAAUGUUGAGGAUGCUUUUGAGUGUGUGGAUGUGCUUUCAAAACAGAUGCUUGAGUGCACUGCUGCUGAUUUGGCUAUUGAAGAUGCUCUUUAUGCAUUGGAUAAGGCUGUUCAGGUGGGGGCUGUACCAUUUGAUCAGUACUUAAGGAGUGUGAGGGCUUUGUCGAGGGAGCAGUUCUUUCACCGAGCUACGGCAGCCAAAGUUAGAGCUGCUCAGUUGCAGGCUCAGGUUGCUAACAUGGCUACUCGGAUUCAUCAUUAUGGUAAUAGCUGAGAGGACAUGGCUGCUCCGUUUGUGUCUGAAGAGGGUCUUUCACUUGAUGAAAUCCUUCAUUGUGGUUGCUGGGUACAGAUUGCUAUUUGUUUCUUCACUUUACUUUCGUACUUCUAGCCAAUAGCAUAAAUUAGUAAGCCUUAUAGCCUUCAACAAAUUUGGAAUUAUUGAGCACAGAACUUGUUGCGGGCUUGAGACUGUACUGUUGUUCUUAUACAGACAUAAUGAUAUGAUUUUCUUGAAAAUUUUGGUUUAAGAGCUUGUUAACUCAAGUUUUUUUUAUUGUUUAGGAGUAUACAUGCUUAUUGAUCAUAUAUUUGUUCCACGUUGUGUCUUCAAACAAUGGGUAUAUUAUAAUGGAUAUAUAUAUUUUUUUCUUGAUUCUAUAGAUGCCUUGCCUUGCCUUGCCUGUUUCAAAUUAUUUACAUAAUAACUAAAUAUCAAUACUUCGUUUGCUGUGCUGGUAGAAAUUUACUUGCAUUUAAUUUGAAAAUUUAUUAGAAGGGAAGUGUUUGUGAAAUUGUAUGCUUUAGUUUGUGUCUAUUUUAUUUGGCGAGAAGUAUUUGUUUAUCUUAUGACUAUCGAUAAUUGAACUAGAUUAAACUAUCGAUAAUUGAACUAGAUUAAACAUCGGGGUGGGUUUUACUUCACCAAACAAACGGUGGGUUCGUGGGAUUGUUUGUGAUGUGAUACAAACAAAAAAUUGGCCGUGCAGAUAUAUGAUUUUUUCUUAUCUGUCACAUUUGAAUUUACAAUUAAAUGUGUCUUUGUUCCAACCUCCCGCCAGGGCCCGCUAUGCCAGAAGCGAGAGAAACUCAAUCCCUCUCUUUCCUUUUUUUCGCCCCCAUGUCGCUACACACCAAAAUACAAUAGAUGAAUAGUCAUUCGAUGAAAAAUCACAAUCAUAUAAGUAUUCGCUUUGAGAAGGAAUGAUGAUGCUGUUGGUUAAAUUAACUUGCUCAAUUGGUCUUUAACUGAUGGUAGUAAAUUACCAAUGGUGACUUUACUUCUCACGCAAUCCAAUUCUGUUUCUGUACAUUAGAAUAUAGAAGGCUUCUUCUGAAUAAUUCGUGAGAUUUCCAGAGAAACCACUGAAUUGAAUGGGCUGUUUCUGGUAAGGUUAUCUUGUUCCAUUACAAAAUUAGUCAGUGACCGAUGCUUGAUGAAGUUGUAGGUUUUGGAUUUGCACAACUCAAGAGGCAGAGAAAAGAAAAUUGGAAGGGAUUUUUGGAAAUAGGGAAGCCUUUGCUUUAUGAGAUCUUGGAAAACCAGCCACGAGUUGUAUUAUUGGAAUAUGCAGUGCCAUUUGGUUUUGCUUUCAGAAGAAAAACAUUGGGUAUUCACGUGUGGGAAUAAGCUAUGAGACUGCCAUCGUAGGGCAUUGUUGGAGGAUAAUCACCUCAGAAUUUUCCCAUACAAGGGUUAUUCACCUUGUUUUUUUUUUUUACAAAAGUGCACUUUUGAGUCUUGGGGUGGUAGAGCAGCUUGGCCUCCCGGCUUUGGUGUGUAGUACUAUUUACUGGACACACUUGUC